AUGGCUCCUUCUGCUACUACCACCGUUACCGAGACUGUGACUCUGCCACAGCACCUUAAGACCCCUCGGGGCUUCGGCGCAUACAAGGAGAUAGCUCCUACUAAGUACGACAAAGAAGUCGAGGAGGGCAAGACAGGACUCAAGGCAGCCAAGUAUCCCAACUAUCUUCCAACAUGGAACCCUGAGCAGAAGUAUGGACCUCUCGGGCCAUUUGAGCACUACGAGCACGGCAAGGAUGCCGAUACCUCGUUCCCGGAACUCCUCCCCGAGGGCUCCGAAGUCACGCACCUAACCCCGACCAUCGGAACUGAGGUCCGUGGGGUGCAGCUCAGCACCCUGAGCAACGCUGGCAAGGACCAACUCGCGCGAUUCGUCGCCGAGCGCAAGGUCGUCGCAUUCCGCGCACAGGACUUUGCGGACCUGCCCAUCGCAGAGGCGCUUGAGUUCGGUGGGUACUUCGGACGUCAUCACAUCCACCCGACGUCGGGUAGUCCCGAAGGACACCCCGAAGUGCAUCUCGUGCACCGCGGCGAGGGAGACAAGGGCCAUGAGACUUUCUUCGAGAACCGGACAAGCUCCGUCGCUUGGCACAGUGACGUCAGCUACGAGCGACAGCCUCCUGGAACCACUUUCCUGUACAUCCUUGACAAGCCUGAGACCGGCGGCGACACGCUGUUCGUUAACGCCGUUGAGGCGUAUAACCGUCUAAGCCCGCUAUUCCAGGAGCGUCUGCAUGGAUUGGAGGCUACGCACUCAGGUAUCGAACAGGCAAAUGCGUCGAAUGCGAGGGGCGGAAUUCGCAGACGUGAGCCUGUGGUGAAUGCUCACCCAAUUGUCCGCACGCACCCCGCUACAGGCGAGAAGGCGCUAUAUGUGAAUCCUCAGUUCACCCGUGACAUUGUCGGCCUCAAGAAGGAAGAAUCUGACGCCAUUCUGAAAUUCCUGUACGACCAUCUCGCAUACGGCGCUGACUUCCAGGCGCGCGUCAAGUGGGAGGAGGGAACCGUCGUGGUUUGGGAUAACAGAGUUACACAACACUCGGCGCUGCUUGACUGGAAGAGUGGACAGCGCAGGCAUCUCGCCCGUAUCACACCCCAGGCUGAGAAGCCGUUCCAAACUCCAUACGUAGCCUCGUCGUGA